AUGGUGAAAGAUUGCUUGGACUAUGCUAGAAGUUACAAAGUUUGCCAAUUCCAUGCAAAUUUUAUACAUCAACCUCCAGAGGUACUACACCUAACUGUAUCAUCUUGGCGAUUCAAUGCUUGGGGAAGGGAUGGUGUUGGUUCACUACCAAAAUCUUCUGGAGGAUACUUAUACAUCUUGGCCGCGACAGAUUACUUCUCUAAAUGGGCUGAAGCUGUUGCUCUUAAGGAAGUAAAGAAAGAAAAUGUCGCAAAUUUCACUCGAGUGAAUAUUAUCUACUCAACUAACAAUGAAAAGCCAUUUGAUAACAAGCUGAUGAACAAACUCUAUGAUCUUUUUGGUUUCAAGAAGCACAAGUCUUCUAUGUACUAUACUGCCGCCAAUGGUUUAGCCAAAAUAUUCAAUAAGACUUUAUGUAAUUUGUUGAAGAAGGUCAUCUCCAAGUCCAAACGAGACUGA